AUGACCCCUGGGCAAGGGAUUAUAUCUGACAUCAAAAGACGAUGGCCUUCGUACGCCGCGGAUUGGCUCGACGCAUUUCGUGAUAAAUCGACUAUGGUAAGAUGCGCUAGUACGACGAUCUGGAUCGCAACGACAACCUUCAUCCCGGCGCUUGCUCUUGGGCUUUCGAUGCAAUCCCAGAGCUCGCGGAGGAUGACUCACGUUGACUUUCUACUUUCUGAGGCGUUGUCAAACGUUGCUUGGACCUUAAUAGGCGGGCAAAGUUUGUUGAUUUUGCGCGUCACGGGACCAACGAAGACGUUUCUAACGAUUUUGACGUAUUGGGCAGACGCGCUACCCGUGGACUUUGUCAGAUUUUCUAGUCUCGUCAACAUCUACGCGGGUAUCAUGGUGAUGCUGUUCGCUACGUUCAAUGGCGCCGAGCUCGCGUUGGCGAUAAAUCGGUUUACGUCGGAAAACUUGGCCCUCUUCAUUUCGGUGACGUUUGUGUUUGCGGGCUUCGACGCGAUGGCGACGAUGAAAGCAAAGAUUGGCGACGACGACGCCAAGUUCCUCAAAUAUUUCAUCCUCCACCUCGGGACGGUUAUAUUGGCGUUCAAAAUUUUAGAAUUCAGAAAAUCGGCGAGCGUUCGCAAGACGGUGCGACUGAUCGUCGCCGACUUUGCUCCACUCAUGGCUGUCACCGCAAUUACGGGGCUCUCUUACGCCUUUCCAAACGUUGCAGUGGAUCGCGUGAACGCGGCGGCGGAGCACUUGCCACGUUGGCCUACCGCGGUAGAUUUAGCUUUGAGCGCGCAGCACUGCGCGCUUGCCCUUGUACCCGCGUUGAUGUUUGCCGUGCAGAUCAUUCUGGAAACGAAUAUUUGCGCCAUGCUCGUCGCGAGACCGGAGAAUAAGCUUCGUAAAGGCACGGCGUUCAACUGGGACAUGUUCCUUAUCGGUGGUUUCACGGUUGCGACCGCGUGUUUCGGACUGCCUCCUAGUGUCCCGGCUCUGCCACACUCGCACCUACACGCGAAGCUGCUCGGUAACUCAGUCGAGAGCAAGCGACACGGGAUCAUUCGCUCUCGCGUGCACGGCGCAACGGAAACGCGAGUGACGAACUUUGCCGCACACGUUAUCACGUUCAUAGUCGUCGUGUGUUUUCGCUCAACGUUCGGACACAUACCAAUCGCUUCGCUUUCUGGUUUUCUCGUGUAUAUGGGCUUGGCGAGCCUCGGCUCGAAUCAACUUGUCCGUCGACUGCCCGGCGGGUUUGGAAGCAUUGUUCCCACAAAGUUUCUACGACGCGUGCCCAAACGCAUCAUUUACGCGUACACUGCAGUUCAGUUACUCGUCUUCGGUGCCAUCUUCGCUUGUCGGAUGUCAGCUUCGCGCGCUCCCGCCUUCGCGGCGACGUAUCCCGCGAUUUUAGCCUUGAGCGUGCCGUUUUCGUUCAUCGCGCUCCCGAGGAUGCUGGGAUCGUAUUUUGCGCACGUGUUAACGACGUCAGCGGAAGAAGAGAAUAUCGUUGGAUUGUUUUAUUGA